UGCCUGCCUGAUGCUCAGUGGCCUGUGCCUUGAGCUUUUCUAAGGGACUUUGCUUCGCUGGCUGAUUUGUUUGCAUGGCGGGUUGUGGGUAAGAGAGUGAGAGCUAAAUCCAGUGCAAUAAAAUAAACCGGGCAGGCUCGGAGGAGUAGCAAAACUGAGCCGUGGAAUAAAGCUUUGGAAGUUCUUCCCUCCCCCCCACCUGGUGGGCACCAAGGCUGGAGAGACGGCUUGGUUGCCGAGUUCGUUUUCGGUGGGGGUGGAGGUGUGUGGCCGCCUGCCAGGAAGGGGGAAGGCCCAGAAGCGGGAAUCCAGACGGCGAAGGCACAUGAAAUGGACAACCCUAGGAAGCCGGUGGUAAAAUAUACAACGCCCAAGGGAGGCUCUCGGCUCUGGAAAGAAAGAAACGUGGAGGAGGCCAAGAGGCGCAUACUUUGCUCUCGCCGUCCGAGUGGAAAAGCUUGAGCGGUGGGAGUCUGGCUGCCGAGCACCAGGGCUUUCUGACUCCCUUCCUGAAGGGUGCAGAGCAGCGCUGAGCCCCUUUCUGUUUUGAUCUCUUCGCUUUGUGGUGCGGUGACUGCUUCUGCUCUCUGGACUGCUGUCUGCCCACCCACCCACCCACUGCUCCCCCUGGGACUCUGGCUCCGCGAGAGGCAAGGGGAUGAACUCGGUCCUGACCAAGUAUGGCUCCCCACCUCGCACCUGGCUCAACCUGCGCUUGGGAACAAAUGAGCGGACCGUGACGGAGGAGAAGGAGAAAGUAUUGUACUGCCAAAAUCCCAACUGCGUGGAGAAGCGGCGAGCCGCAAAGGUAUGCCACCACGCCGAGUGCCAGCAGCUGAACCACAACAGCCCCCUCCACUUGUGUGAAGCGUGUGACGGACGCUUCCACGGUGCCAUGCAUUUUGACGGGCACAUCCGCUUUGACCUGCCGCCGCAAGGUUCUAUCCUGGCCCGGAACGUCUCCACACGGUCGUGCCCACCACGCACCAGCCCUGCUUCAGAUGUUGAGGAGGAGGAUGAAGGGCUGAUUGAUGGGAAAGGGGACAGGAAGAGCUCAGCCUUGAAGCUGCCAAAGAAGAAGGCUCGCAGGAGGCACACUGACGACCCUAGCAAGGAAUGCUUCACCUUGAAGUUUGAUCUGAACGUGGACAUUGAGACGGAGAUCGUGCCAGCCAUGAAGAAGAAGUCCCUGGGUGAAGUGCUGCUGCCGGUUUUUGAGAGGAAGGGAAUCGACCUGUCUAAAGUGGACAUUUACCUUGACCAGUCCAACACCCCCCUUUCACUCAACUUUGAGGCCUACCGCUUUGGAGGACAUUACCUUCGUGUGAAAGCCAAACCUGGGGAUGAACUCAAAGUGGAGCAGGCGGUGAAGGACUUCAAGUCGCUGAGUUUGCCUAUCCUCCGUCCUGCGGGCACCGGCCCGUCCUUCCCCAGCACCCCCUCUCUCGACCGCCUGGAGCAGUUGUCGCUUCGGAGGGAGAGUAGCGACAUCCUGGCCCCCGGAAGACAAAGGAAGAACAUGAACGAGUUUUUGGGGGACGCCAGCAUCCCAAGCCACGACCCCCUGCAGCCCUCCAGCGCCUCCUUGCCCAGCAAUGGCAUCGACACGUGGAAGAACCGGGCUGCCAGCCGCUUCAGCGGGUUAUUUGGUUCCGGCAACAGCGCCAGCCCCUUCACGCGGGAGAUGGACAAGAUGGAGCAGCUGGAAAGCCGGCUCCACUCCUACAGCCACUUCGGCCUCCCCAAGUUCCCCCAGCAGCUCCGCUUCGAUCAGGAUUCCUGGGAAGAGGAGGAAGAGGAUGACGAUGCUACCCUGUGCCUGGAGGACAGCUGGCAGGAGAUCAUUGAGGGCACAGAGGUUUUGACACGCCGGCAAUGCCACCAGCAGGAAGCUAUCUGGGAACUACUGCACACAGAAGCCUCCUACAUCAGGAAGCUGAAGGUCAUCACAGAUCUGUUCCUGUGUUGCCUGUUGAACUUGCAAGAAUCAGGGCUGCUUUGUGAGGUGGAAGCUGAGCGUCUUUUCAGCAACAUCCAGGAAAUCAUCCAGCUGCACCGUGCUCUUUGGAGAAGCGUCAUGGCCCCUGUUUUGGACAAGGCCAGGACCAGCCGGGCUCUGCUAGACCCCACGGACUUCUUCAAGGGCUUCAAGAUGUUUGGCUCCCACUUCAAGCCUUACAUCCGCUACUGCAUGGAGGAGGAAGGCUGCAUGGAGUACAUGAGGAACUUGUUGCGGGACAACGAACUCUUUCGCAUCUACGUCACGUGGGCCGAGAAGCACAAACAGUGCAACCGGCUCAAGCUGAGUGACAUGCUAGUGAAGCCUCACCAGCGCCUCACCAAAUACCCUCUGCUGCUGAAGUCGGUGCUUAAGAAGACGGAAGACCCCCACACCCGAGAGGCCAUCAUCACCAUGAUCAACUCGGUGGAGCGCUUCAUCAACCACAUCAACUCGCGCAUGCGCCAGAGGCAGGAGCAGCAGCGCCUGGCCAGCAUCCUGAGCCGCAUCGAUGCCUACGAGGUGGUGGAAGGAAGCACGGAUGAAGUGGACAAGAUCCUGAAGGAGUUCUUGCGCCUGGACCUGACAGCCCCCAUCCCAGGGACCUCUGCCGAGGAGACCCGGCAGCUUCUGCUGGAGGGAAGCCUUAAAAUGAAAGAAGGCAAAGACAGCAAGAUGGAUGUUUACUGCUUUCUCUUCACGGACCUCUUCCUCAUCACCAAACCGGUGAAGAAGGCCGAACGCACAAAGGUCAUCCGCCAGCCAUUGCUGGUUGACAAGCUGGUGUGCCGUGCGCUCAAGGAUCCUGGUUCCUUCCUGCUGAUCUACCUGAACGAGUUCCGGAGCGCGGUGGGAGCCUACACCUUCCAGACCAGUGGGCAGUCUCUGUGCCGGAGCUGGAUCGAGGCUGUCUGCAAUGCCCAGAACAAGUUGCAGCACCUCCGUCUGCAGGAGCACCAGCGCAGCCAGCAGCAGCUGCAAAGCCUUGAGGAAGAAGAGGAGGAGGAAGAAGAAGAAGAGGAAGAAGAGGAAGAGGACGGGGAGAGUGGUGCCUCGGGAGCCAGCUCCCCCACCAUCCUCCGCAAGAGCACCAACAGCUUGGACUCACAACAGUGCCUCUCUGACGGCUCCACCGAGACCAUCUCCGUGGUGGUGGUAGAUGCCAGCGAGGGCCCCCCUUCCCCUGACUUUGAGGUGGGUCCCUUCAGCUCCCAGUCCGAUGAAGCAUCCAUCAGCACCACAGCUUCCUCCACAACACCCACCAUGGAACUGGGCGAGGCCCUCCCUGCCAGCACCGCCAACCACUGCCUCAAACCGGAGUCCGGGUCUUGCCGCUCGGCCUCCAUCGACAGCGCCUAUGGCACCCUGUCGCCCACCUCCUUCCAGGAAUUUGCAGACCAGCAGCAGCGGCAGCAGCAGCGGCAACAGCAGGAGGAGACUGGGGGGUCUACAGAGCAGGAGGACGGUGCCCCCACCCCCUCGCAACGGACCAGCUCCCCGAAACUGCGGCGGCAGGUGCCAGUCCAGCUGCUGCCUGCCAAGACCAAGGUGCUCAAGUCCAAAUCGGAGGCAAACCUCUUGCAGAUGCUGCCAGCCUCCCUGCAGCUGGCCCAGAGCAAGAGCCUCUCUGAACUCUGCCCGGCCAUGUUCCUGCUGGGCUCCCCGCGGACUAACGGGCGACAGGGCAAAGCAGGGCGGGGGGCCAGUGGGGGCGGCAGCAGCAGCAGCAACAGCAGCACCUCGGAGCUGUCUGAGGCCGAGGAGGUUCACCAGCCGGUCUGCGUUUCCCCAGAGUUGCCCGCCGCCUCUGCGGGGCUGCAAGCGCCUUGCUGGCUGGGCAGAGAAUGCCGGGGAGAGGAGCUGCCUGCCGCCCGUCGGACUCUGUCGGACCCGCAGACGAGCCAGCACCGCAAGCUGACGCUGGCGCAGCUAUACCGGAUCCGAACCACGCUGCUGCUCAACUCCACGCUCACUGCCUCGUGA